GUUACGUUUCAGCUGUCAAAGCUGUCAAAACAAAAAUUAAAUAUUGAAUAUUUACAAUUCAGCAUUGUUAAAAAUGUAGAUUUUCAAGCAAACACGUUGAAAAAUGCAUAAGGCAUGUGCCUGCAUUGUCUUAUGCUGCAACACAAAUUAAUUCAAAAAUAAGCCCAAAAUGGAUAUAUUUGAAUGAAAGGUAUCAUCAGAGUCCCUAAAAAUGGGCGCCCCCGUGUUAUUGUACAUGUACGACCUGUCAGAGGGCUGGUGCAGGAAUUUGGGGCCCCUGUGCCCUGUCAAUGCCGUUUGGCACACCAGUAUUGUAAUCUAUGGCAAAGAAUACGUUUUUGGGAGCACCGGAAUUACAUUCCAUGAUCCCGGAAAACCUGACAAAGUUAUUGAACUUGGGGAGACGGAUUUACCCCCGUUUGAGUUCAAAGUUUACGUUAAAGAAUUGAAAUAUACGGAGUGGACGGGCGCUUCGUAUGACCCUUUUAAGCACAACUGCAAUCACUUUACUGACCACAUUGCCAGGUAUUUAGGCAUGGGGCCAAUUCCCGAAUGUGUCUUUACAUCAGUUGAUAGGUUACGGGAGUCACCUUUCUACUCAAAAAUCGUGGAUUGGGUCACGAAAAAUGGCCAAAACCAGCAAAAAUAAAAAUUAUUAGGUACUUCCAGCACGGCUUCCUUGAUUAAUGAAGGAGCGCCAGCUCGUAUGGUAACUGUCCUUUAACGUGGCUUCCUCUCAUUGGUCAAGGAAGCUGCGCUUCAUAAGCCAGAAAUGUUCAAGGAAUUAUAAAAUAAAUUUUUGCCAUUUA